AUGGAGAAGAGCACUGUACAAGGAGGGACCCAUGGUCCACGAGGCCUGCAUGGAGGAGCAUCUUGUCUCCCCCAGACUGUACGAGAGGCAGCAGCUAUUUCCUUUUCCAAGUUCUUGGCCUUCUUGGAGGUCAGCCAGGCUGUGCAGUUCAGGGAGGCAGUGAAGCUGAUUGCCUUUGUUGUUACAGCAUCUCCUCAGAUUGCCCAUGUCAGAUUCUUUGAGUAUAUACUGCUCUACAACGAUGCAGUGAUGUUUCAGAUUGAACAAGUUACAAAGCUUUGCUCGAAGAUCGCUCUGACAGAGCCAUGGGAUCCAUAUGACAUUCCUGCCAAUUCAACUUAUGAAGAUCAGUACUACAUUGGGGGACCUGGAGACAAAAUUAUGGUACAGGAAUGGUCUGACAGAAAACCAGCCAGGAAAUUGGAAUCCUGGGUCGGCAUUUACACAGUCAAAGACUGUUACCCAGUACAGGAAACCUAUACAAGGAACUACAGCGUGACAACCUCCACUCGCUUUUUUGAUCUGCAGCUGGGCAUUGCUGACCCCUCGGUGUUCACCCCACCCAGCACCUGCCAGACAGCCCAGCUGAGGAAGAUGAAAGAUGAUUGCUGAUCAGGGACACUGGCUGCCCCGGGCAAGCAAAUAUUAGCCAAGAGGAUGGUUAUUAAUAGUCAGCUGCUGACGUCUAACCUGAUUUUUUAAGCUUAAUGUUGCUCUUUUGGGAAUUGUAAGUUUUCACUUGAAAGGGAACAUAAACAUUUAAUUGAGUAAAAUAUGUAACACGAAAGAUCUCUUUCAUCACAUUAAUUUGUUCAGUGAUGCACUUGCAGUGUUAUAUAGUUACCACGAAGAUAAUAUUUAUUAGAUGCUAUUUAUUUAAGCUGUGGCUGAUUUUCCUUUUGCAAAGGUUUCAUUAUUUAUUUUUUCAAGACUAAAUAUAAACAGACUGCAAUAAUGGUAACAUCUAGAAGGAAAAGCUAGAUUUUGUUGUUGUUGUUGUUACUUCUGGGGACUUGAGGGAAGGGGAAAUAUGUCCUGGGUAAGACCUCAUCCUUAACCAAAAAAUACCCCAUUGUAAACAAUGUGCAUCAGAAGUAUGGAAAUUCAUUCUCUUGGUUUUGUUUUGCUUUGUGGUUUUUUUCUUUCUGCCCUGCAGGAAGGCGGUAGUCUAAUGUUUGAGCUGUUUUUUUUUUGUUUCGGAAAAGAAACUGGAAUAGCUCUGUUCAUGUAAUGCUAGCUGACUUGCAAA